AUGGAAGCGACUACUAAGUUGGUAACAAUAAGUGCCCACGUCAUCUGGAUCUUGAAACAAAGAAGACACAGAACGGUUAUACACUGGUCUAAACUCGUUAAAGGAUCAUUGGAAGAGCAUUUACAAGCCAUUAUGAUGAUAAAACUAAACACUAUUGCAAUGAUCAAUCAUGAACACUUCCUCAUUCGUAAUUCUGAAGUAAAUGUCUCAGUAAGACAAAGUAUUGAAAGUUCUUCAGCAGAAUCUCACUCAAACCUGUCAACAAUUAAUAGAGACCAGUCUAACUCUAAUUUUCGUAAUGAAUUAACGGAAGUGAAUGUGUCGUCUGCAGUUGAGACUGGAUCACAGAUUCAAACGAAUCAAAACUCUGAACAUUCAUCUUUUGCAAGCAAUGCGAUUCAAGAGGAGGGAACCAGAGGCGUAUCUUCGUCUAUGCCCCCAAAAUACCCCAAUUAUGUCAGCAAGACAGCACGUUUGUCGAGCUACAGUGAUUGUGGGACAUCGUCAUCCCACCAGACCGCCUGGCACAGGCCGGCUUCUUCUACGCCGGUUUUGGAGAUUGUGUCCGGUGUUACCAAUGUGGAGUCGCAAACCGGAAAUGAAUCGAUUUCAACACAAGGAACUGAAGGCAUAGGCAGAGGUUCCGGAAAUGCGUCUGCAGACAUAGAUAGACUGAUGCACACAAACGCUGCACAAAGCGUCUUGGAGAUGGGUUAUCAUCCUGACGUCAUUAGAAGAGCUAUCAGAAUGGUCUUGUCCUCAACAGGACAUGGAAUUUUAACAGCUACAAACAUAAUGGAGAAAAUCUUUGAAAUCGAAGACUCUGAAUCUCAAGAAAAUACUGAACCUGAGAAUGCGGAAAUACGCGCACCUGCAAACACUGAAGCACGCGCAUCUACAAACGUAGAAGCACGCGCACGUGCAAACACUGACGAACGCGCACCUACAAACGUAGAAGCACGCGCACCUCCAAACACUGAAGCACGCGCACCUGUAAACACUGAAGCUCGCACACCUGCAAACGCAGAAUCACGCCAAAGCAACAAUGAAACAUUUACCACAACAACACAGGAAAUACAAGGUUUAGAAAAUAGACACGAAAGUGCAACUCCUCAAAACGCAGCUUUAGAAAAUGUUAGUGGUGCUGUUGCCAGGGGUAACGAGAAACUGCUUGAUAAUGGUUCGUCUGAGAACCAACCGAAAACUGCGACACGUCAUAAUGAUGACGACAAAAAGUGUUCUGGGAAUGUAAAUGGGGAUGAAAGGCAAGGCAGACAACAGAACGUGUCAACUAUGUCGUCAGGCGGAAGUAAACGGGCAAAUUCAAAGCAGACGACACGUGAAAGUCCCGCAAGCCGUUAUGCACAUAUUAGGGAGCAGAAAAGGCUAAAGGAGGAAAAUGAUAUGUUAAAACAACAAUCUUUAUGUACAAAAUGUCAUGUUAAUGACGUUUGCAUCGUUUUCUUACCAUGUGUACACCUUGUCACCUGUGAAACCUGUGCACCUACUGUACGAUAUUGCACGGUGGUCACGUGUGGUAAGUAUAUUAAAGGUACCGUGCGCACGUACCUAGCUUAAAGAACUUUCUGAUAGAAAAUGCAUAUAUACAUGCACUUAUAAUUAUCUUAUCGAGGAAGAAAGCCAAUGUAACAUAAAAUAACAACGGUUUGGUAAAGAAAAAAGUUAUUAUGCUUGUUCAGGAAAACCUUACCGUUCUUUUCCAGCCUUGACUUAAAAAUGAUGGAAAUGUUUGGUGAAUAAGGUGUGGGUAGCAUUGAUAUAUAAUCUAAGUUGCAAAUUAUUUGUUAUAAUACAAAGCACCAUAUGACUGUAAAAAUAAUGUGUAUUUGUUAAUACUUUUACGUUACAUUUUCUUUUCUUCUUUUUAUUCUUUUAUUCUGUACAUAUUUGGCACAGUGACAUUGGCGAUAAAGGCAAGACAUGCCCGUUUGUAAAUAGUUUAUUUUCUUCCGUAUAGAUUAAAGAAAGUUAUAAUUGUCAACGUACAUAUAUAUGUUACUGACAUUGAAUAUUUGUUAAGCAUAUAUUGAUCAAAGAUAUUAACUUUUUUAACGUCAAAUAGCAGUAUCAACAAAUCUUGUAGUACGUAGUGUUUUUACUUAUAAUGAUAUAAACCUGGUAUGUAAUUUUUUGCUUUUAUAGCAAAUAAUACAUUUUAUUACAUGCUUUUCGAUGGUUUAUAGAAAUAUAUCAGUGAUUUAAAACUGGUAAUUUCACUGUUUGAAACAGUGAAAUUACUACUUUGAUAAUUUCACUGUUUUGAGUUUAAGCCCAUUACGUUGUUUCAGUGAAAUGCCAGCGUGCACAGUACUGAGUACCAACUUUAUGACGUGACGUCGUAAAUGACGUCACGUUGUAUUAUUAUUUGGCGCGCUUUUAAUUCAAUAUUAGGUUUUAUGUCUUUUUAAAACGUUUCUUUGCAUAUAUAAUAAAAAGAAAAUUUGUUUAGUUUAGUGUAAGAUCAAAAUAUAUUUCACCUUGUGAACACCAAAAGUUCAUAUUUCACUCGUGGCUGCGCCACUCGUGAAAUAUACCUUUUGGUGCUCACUCGGUGAAAUAUAUUCCGAUCUUACACUGAACUAAACAAAUAUCCUCUAUAUAUGUGCCACUACCUCAAAUAUUUCAGAAAUAUGCAUAGCUUUUUUCCAGUUUAUCUUAUAUUUAAUCAACACUAAAAAACAUUAACUAAAAAUUUAAAAUGUCUUUCAAACAUUAUAGCUGAUAUUAUCAAUGAUCAUCAUUUUAAAUGUUGUUUUUUUAUUGCAUUUUAUAACGUUCGUAAAUCAGUGUACAUAUUGUAAGUGUUUAUAGUUCAGUUGUAUAUGUUCCUGACAGUAAUUCUGUACGUUUUUGUUUUCAUCAGACACCCGACAAAUAUAAAAAUGUUUAUAUACUUUUUGGGAAUUUUUGAAUAAAUCGCUGUUUUUUCUUACAAUGUUAAUAUUCCAGAUUUUUUUGCAAAUGUUUAUUUGUAUCACUUUUAGUACAUUUUAACACAUUUUAUUGAAAAUAAAUUUAUUGAC